AUGGGGUUGAAGUUGAAGUACGUUUUAACUGUUAUUGAUUGGGUUGAAGUGAUAAAAGCAAAAACUGGGAACAAUCUUGUCAAAGCCUUUGAGAAAAUAAUCAAGAAAGGCCGUAAACCGAAAAUGUUUCACAUUGAUAAGGGGACGGAGUUUAUCAAUAGACAGUUUCAAACCUUUUUGAAUAAACAUGGCAUUCGAUUUUUUACGACGUACAACGAAACCAAGGCAUCGAUUGUUGAAAGGUUUAAUCGCACGCUCCAGACGAAAAUGUGGAAAUACUUUACAGCGAACAAUACACUCAAGUACGUGGACAUUCUCCAGAAACUGGUCAAAUCUUAUAAUCACUCGCGACAUCGUAGUAUUGGUAUGAGACCGGUAGAUGUGAAUAAAAGUAACGAGAAUAUUGUGUGGCAAACACUCUACGGGAAGGAGUCGAAAAAAUCAAUCCAGUUUAAGUUUAACAUUGGCGACCAAGUCCGGAUUAGCAAAGCAAAGCGAACAUUUAAGAAAGGAUACUUACCCAAUUGGACUGAAGAAGUGUUCACGGUAACGAAACGCGUACCUCGACGACCGCCUGUUUACAGGAUUGUAGAUUAUGACGGUUAA